ACACCAUGAUACUUAUUAUUUGUUCUAGAGAAGAUAAAUAAAUAAAUAAACAAAUCAUUGUAAGUUGUAACUAAUAAUAAUGCACUAGUAGUAACUCAUUCAUCAUUCCGUUUCCAGUUCAAGAACUUGUUCUACUCUUUUAUCCUACGCACUCCUCCCUUCUUAUCCUGCGCAUCUUUCACCGAGAUCCUCCCCUUCGCAUCUUCACUUUCCACCAUUUCAGUGGGAAAGAAUCAUGAGUUGUUUCAGCUGUUGCGAAGAGGAUGACCUCCACAAGGCUGCUGAAAGUGGAGGACCAUACGUCGUAAAAAAUCCAGCAGGAAAUGAUGGAAAUUAUCUUGCUUCUGAAACUGCAAAGCAGGGCACUCAGCCUGUUAAACCUCAGCCCAUUGAAGUUCCUAAUAUAUCAGCAGAUGAACUGAAAGAAGUUACAGAUAACUUUGGUCAAGAUGCUCUGAUUGGAGAGGGAUCCUAUGGAAGAGUAUAUUAUGGUGUUCUUAAAAGUGAGCUGGCUGCAGCAAUCAAGAAGUUGGAUGCCAGUAAACAGCCUGAUGAGGAAUUUUUAGCCCAGGUUUCAAUGGUAUCAAGGUUGAAGCAUGAAAAUUUUGUUCAGUUGCUUGGAUAUUGCAUUGAUGGAAGCUCCCGUAUUCUUGCUUAUGAGUUUGCAUCUAAUGGGUCUCUUCAUGAUAUUUUACACGGCAGAAAAGGUGUUAAAGGAGCACAGCCUGGCCCAGUUUUGACAUGGGCACAAAGAGUAAAAAUUGCCGUAGGGGCGGCAAGAGGACUUGAAUACUUGCAUGAGAAGGCUGAUCCGCACAUUAUCCACCGGGACAUCAAGUCAAGCAAUGUGCUAAUCUUUGAUGAUGAUGUUGCUAAAAUUGCAGAUUUUGAUUUAUCAAAUCAGGCUCCUGACAUGGCUGCACGUCUUCAUUCUACUCGUGUCCUUGGAACCUUUGGUUAUCAUGCUCCAGAAUAUGCAAUGACUGGACAAUUGAAUGCUAAGAGUGAUGUAUACAGUUUUGGCGUUGUUCUUCUGGAACUUCUGACUGGAAGGAAACCUGUUGAUCAUACACUACCACGUGGACAGCAGAGUCUGGUUACUUGGGCUACACCAAAACUCAGUGAGGAUAAAGUCAGGCAGUGUGUUGAUACAAGACUAGGAGGAGAAUACCCACCCAAAGCUGUUGCUAAGAUGGCUGCUGUUGCUGCACUGUGUGUGCAAUAUGAAGCUGAUUUCAGACCAAACAUGAGCAUUGUAGUCAAAGCUCUUCAACCUUUGUUGACUGCACGACCUGGACCUGCCGGUGAAAUACCCAAUUAAUCUCUGUAUCACUUUCUCUACAUAUUUGUGAGUAUGUGCACAAGUGUGCAUGCAAAAUAUAACUUCAGAAGCUGGUGGUAAAUUGCUCAGACAUGACUUUAUAUCCCAUUGUUUACACUGCAUUCAUUUUGUUCAUAAUCCAUGAGGUUCUUUGCGGUUUCCUUGCUUUUAUUCAUUUUAAUGUACUUGCUUUGUCUAUUUUUUUUUUCCUUUCUAUCCUUUACUUCUGGGAUGAUUGCCGUCUUUACGAUAAAGUGUUGGGAAAAACUGCAAAACAGAAUUGUGUAUACUCAAAGCUAAGAGCAAGUCAAUGGACUAUCUCUACUGGAAACAGUUAUUCACCGAGAGCCGUUCUUAUUAGAUUGAUUCUUUUAAUUUUUUUUCAUUAAAAUGUUUGUCAAAUUGAGAGUUGUAUAAAUUACUCAAAAUUUCAAUUCCAAUGUUUUAGGAAAGAAAAAAGAAAAUAUUGUUUCACUGCUCAA